AUGCAAUUAAAUUUAGAUAAUUUAGAUAAAUCAAUUAAAAUAUUAUCUUAAAGGGAAACAGAAGAAUUAAAAAAAUGCAUAACUCAGAAAAUAUUAGGUGAAAAAAAGAUAAUAAUAAAUAAAAACACACUAAAAUUUUAAUAAAUACAUAAUCAUUUUGAACAUAACUUUCAUUUAUCAAAUAAAAAAGCUUUAUUUUAUAAUUUAAAACAAUAUUAUAUUCUAAUUGAUAAUCAUAAUUUGAUAAAACAAAAAAUUCCUUUAACAUUUCAUAUAUAAAAUGGUGAAAACGACAUCCAAUACUAAUAAUUCUUACAAACAUAUAAAUAAAGAGAAAUAGAAAAUGAAAAUAAUAUUUGGAUUAUAAAGCCAGGUGAAAGUUCUAAUAGAGGAAAUGGAAUUUAAGUAUUAGAAGAUAUAAGAGAUAUAAAUACACUUAUAAAGGGACGAGAAAAGCAUACAAAUGGCAAUAUAAAAACUUUUAUAAUAUAAAAAUAUAUAUAAAAUACAUUACUUUAUAAUAAAAGGAAAUUCGAUAUUAGAUAAUUUUCUUUGGAAAAUCUUGAAAAUAAAUAUAUUCAUUUAACUAAUGAAGCAGUGUAGAAAAAAGCGUCUGGGAAUUUUGGAAAAUUUGAAAAAGGAAAUAAAAUUUCAUUCUCCAAUUUUGAAAAGUAUUUAAAAAAAAUUAAAAAUUAUUCAUUUUCUAAUAUUGUUUAAUAAAUGAAAAAUAUUGCAAAUGAAACUAUAUGUGCGGCUUUCACUAAAAUAGACCCUAAAAAAAGAUCUUUUUCUUUCGAAUUAUUUGGAUAUGAUUUUAUGUUAGAUGAUAAUUUAAAUGUUUAGUUACUUGAAAUCAAUACAAAUCCCUCCUUAACAGUUUCUUGCAAUUUAAUGAGUAGAUUAAUUCAUAAUUUAAUAGAAAAUACUGUUAGAAUAGCUAUUGAUCCUUUAUUUCCUCCUCCAAAUAUACAUUUAGAUCACGGAAAAUUAAAAAUAGAUAAGGAAAAAUUUAUUAAUUCUUUUGAAAUUCUAUUUGAUUCUAAAGAUGAGGGAUAUAGACUUGAAAAGUUGUAUGAAAAUGCAUGCAAAGAUAUUGAUAUAUAACUAGAAAAGGAAUGUGAAAACGAAGAAGUAUAUGAUGAAGACGAAUAUGAGGAGAGUGAUGAAGAUGAAGAUUCAUGA